GCCGCGAGCAAAAAAAAAAAAAAAAAGCAGCGACGCGCGAACCCCAAGGCCAGCCGCCCUCCAGGCCUGCCAGUGCCUAAACCACCGGCCAUGACUGACCAGUGACGCCUGACACGCCUGCCCUCGUCUACACCGCACUUUUGCCCGCCACUUUUGCUCCCGCUGGCGGGCGGGGAGGGGGUGAGGGCGAGGCUGCCGUUACCGCUACCGCCGCCCGCCGCCUGCCUACAAAAAGCCGGCGCGGCGCGCGCACGCCGCAUGCUUGUGGCCUGCGAAACGGUUGCCUGGGUUUGUCUCUCGUCUAUCUUCCCAUUCUCUCUCCACCUUUUUUGUUGUUUGGGGGCCGCGCGUUGUUGCCUGCCUGCUUCUCUCUUGUUGCCUCGUUUCUUCGCCCCUCACUUCACUCGCCUCUUCUUCUCCACUCGCACCAUCCGGGUUAGCUUUCACCCACGCAUACACACACACAGCAUCCAACGGGUCAAUCGAUUAUGGGGGGAAACAUUCAUCUCUUUUUUGCACGCUGUAUACAACCAGCUGUCUAAUCAUCAGGAAAAGUGCUCAUCGCAAAUCAUGAGCCCUGUCCUCGUCGUCCACCACCGCCAAAUCCCCCCCCCCCAAAUUCGUAAAAAAGAGUAAGGGAAGAAAACCCAAAACUAAUAAAUCAUUGAAAGCAUCCGUCCCAUACCCAUUCCAUACCGUUAAACCGUUUACCCAGAUGAAA